AAUUUUUCUAGACUAUUCUGUUCAAAAUGCGACAGCCUCAAUGGAAGAUGCGGAAACUGGAGUUCACCUUUAUAUCCUAUCUGCAGUAAACCUGGUACGCACAAUCUUCUAAACCCCACUCUUCAUCAAUUCACAUCAAUUUGAUUGCAAAAAUUUGGUAAGUUCACAACCUUGUGAGCCUUAAUCACGCAGUCCAAUGAUAUAGGAUAUCAUAGAAUGCUAAUUAUUUGUUGUGGUACUUGCUCUUACUCUUGGGAUGGGAUAGCCUCCAAGAAGCAGUGGAUAUUGUUGUCGCGUUUAAUUUUCUGUCUACUUUGAACAUGUCAACCAGAGCUGGAGCUGGAAAAAUGCUAAUGACAUAUUCAAGCCAGCCUUAGGGUCAAAACACGCAUUUUCUUUUUCUUGUGCAGCAAAUUUUAAACGUAGAACAAAACUUUCAUCAAGAUUAAUGUACCUAAUCACGUAGUCCAAAUAGUUCAUAAAAUUAAUUAUGUUAAACUCUACAUACUCAUGGCUAGGUCCGAAAGUGAAAUUAACUUAGAAGAACUUGAUUUUAGCAUAUACUAAAGAUGAAUGUUAUAUUAUAAGUGACACCAGAUGACGUGCCUUUAAAUUUGGCUGAAUUGUUAUUUGUUCAAUGCUGUUUAUAUGAACAAAAAAGAAAUUGGUUGAAUUGAGAAAGAGUAUCAUGGUUUAGGUCAGAUUCGGAAGAAUGGCCUUUAGAAUGUAGGCCUUAUAGAAGGGAGAGAAAUAAUGAGGUCGAUCGACGGAGAUGCUGUAGCGUAAACCCUUGGACAGUGAAGUCAGCUUCUUGAAGAAGAUUUAUUGAAUAAUGGAUUAGAGACAUGUUAAACGGAAGAAGAGGGAUAAAUGAGUAUUAGAGAUUAUGAACGUGAGAUAAGAGUGACUCGUAGAAUGUACCAGGGAUGACAACUUCUGUCCUUGUUUCCUUAUUUGGCCUCUUGGUCUUGUCUUUUGGGCCAUAGGUCUUCUAGCAGAAGCAACAAUAAAAAAGAUUGAAAAUUUGAAUAAAAAUUCUAUAAUAAAGAAAUAAGUUAGCAUGCAAUAAGAAUUAGUGGUGAUUACUUUAAUUGAUUCAGCAUCAUGAUAGAUCAUUAAACCAAUGAAUAGUCGUGGUGGAGAUCAAGUAAUUCUCUCUAAUUUAUUUUUAUUCUUUUUCACUUCCUUGGGUCCUUAUAAUAUCUUUCCUUUUCUUUUCAUUUUUUAGUUUUAGAGUUUUGAGGCUAUCAUUAAGAAAAUGUGCCCUCUUAUCCCAGUGUUAUAUUUUUCUUGUCAAUGGUCAGAGUUUCUUGUCUUAUUGAUGGUUGUUAAUAGGAUGCAUAGACAUAGAGAGAAAGAGUGAUUAAUUAAUGAUAGAAAGCAGAGGCACAAAUAAAAAUAUGAGAAAGAAAGGAUCAAAUAAUAAUUUUAUUAAAAAAAAAGGAUCAAAUAUUAUUUUUGAUGAAAGGAAAUAUUGUGCUAUAAUAGUGUAAAAGAAUUUCGGGGUGGGGGUCAAUGCCCCUGCCAGUCCCCCUUAGCUAUGCCUCCGAUAGAAAGAGACUAAAGGUGGAGGAAAAUUAAAGCUUCUUAAUAUUAAUUAGUAUACAUUAAUUUCCCUUUGUAAAUAAGAAUAGUUCAAACACGUUGGAAUAUGGCAGUGUUUGAACCAUAACAAUUUAACACUCAAAGCAUUUUGAACACUUGGAUUCUGGCCCAGAACAAAGAAAAAAAAUCUGUUGAACAAGUCAGACUUCUUUUUAGAAUCUUGAAACUUAAUUAUAGGCUCCUCUUUUCAAAACCAAGUGACGUGUUCUUUUAGGUUAGGUUCUUCACAAAUUCAAUGGCCAAACAUUUUGACAGUAAUGUCCCUUAAGUCAUUCAAGUUGUGGGAAAACAAAAAAAAAGGGGAAAAUUCUAGCUUACAUAGAAAUGGUCCAAAAAUUGAAACCCCGAUUACUGUUAGGCUCGUAUAAGCCACUCUGUUGAAUUACGUCUGUUACCCGUCACAACCCUUUGAACCCACAUCCAAAAGUCUUUCAGCAAACCAAGGUUAGCAGCCACAUAUCUUUCUUUGUAGAAAAUUCUAAGUGUCAUAACUUCCCAAUUAACUCCAACCCAGUGGUUUGUAUCCUUGAAAAUGAUAGCACUCGAAAUCAGUUAAUCUCCUUAGCUUAAUUAUAUAUAUAAACCCUUCACUUAUAAGUGUUCACUUGACAAACCUCCGCUGCACAUGGAUUCCUUUUUCUUCCUUUCAACCUCUCUGUUCUCAAUCAUCUUCAUCUUCCUUAUCUUAAUUCUUUUUCAAGUAUCUUAUGCCCAAGAUGAUCUUCGUUUUACUUCAUGCGGUCCAUUUGAUUGUGGAAAUCUCCGAAAUGUUUCAUAUCCUUUCUGGACUGAUUAUCUUGAUCGGCCUGCAUAUUGCGGCUUCAAUUAUGAAGGGUACAAGCUCAAGUGCAUACACAAUCAGGCCCCUCUUAUAAAUAUCAAUAUCCAAGAAUUCAAAGUGGUGCAUCUCCAUCAGUCUCGUGGCUUGAUGACAAUCCAACGAGUGGAAUUAAAUAGUACUUGUCCUGAUGAGUUUUUGAUAAAUAAUGUUUUUAAUUAUUCUGAAACCGCUCAAACCAUUACUCUUUUUUACGACUGCCAAAGCGGGGGAAAGUCAGAUGAUGGUUUCACUUGCAAAAAGGAGGGAAGUGAAAAGUUUGCUAUGUUCUUUAAGAACGAAGAAAAUGGACGUGGUAGAGAAAAAGUUGAAGUUCCUGUUGAGAAAAAGGCUUUCGAUGAACUGAUGGUUGGAAUUGCCUCUCUGAAUGAAGCUUUAGUUCAGCAGUUUGAUAUGAAAUACUUUGCAUACGAUGGAUAUUGCAAGCAAUGCAAGGAAUCUGGCGGAAGAUGUGGAUCCAACGAAGAUUCACCGGUAGCAUUUGCCUGCUACUGUCGUGAUGGUCCUCAUCAAAUUAAAUGCGAACGUGGUCCUGGCAGGAAGUUUAACUUGAAAACAAAGCUGGCCAUCGGUUUUGGUGCGGCUGCUGGAGGCAUAAUGAUCUCGAGCAUCGUUUUCUAUUUCUGGCAGCGCCAUCACCGGGGAAAGGUAUUUUUUAAGUCAUCCUAUGUAUCGGGCAAAAGCUCUGCCGACCGCUCUUCCAUUAUGGAUCCUGAGAACGGUGAUAGCUUUGUUGGCAUCCAUCUCUUCACCUACAAUGAACUUGAAGAAGCUACCAACAACUUUGAUUCUGAUAUGGAACUCGGCGAUGGAGGCUUUGGAACUGUAUAUUAUGGUGAACUUCGAGAUGGGCGUGCUGUUGCAGUUAAACGCUUAUAUGAAAACAAUUACAGGAGAGUUGAGCAAUUUAUGAAUGAAGUUGAGAUGCUAACUCGCUUGCGCCACCAAAAUCUUGUCAUACUUUACGGAUGCACCUCUCGCCACAGUAGGGAACUCUUGCUUGUAUAUGAAUACGUUCCCAAUGGCACUGUUGCUGACCACCUUCAUGGUGAACGUGCUAAACCCGGUGCACUCUCUUGGUCCAUUCGCUUAGAGAUAGCCAUAGAGACUGCAAAUGCAUUGAGAUAUCUCCAUGCUUCUGAUACUAUCCACCGUGAUGUGAAAACCAACAAUAUUCUUCUCGACAACAAUUUCCGUGUUAAGGUUGCAGAUUUUGGAUUGUCUCGUCUCUUUCCAACAGAUGUUACCCAUGUUUCCACUGCUCCACAAGGGACUCCUGGUUAUGUCGAUCCAGAAUAUCACCAGUGCUACCAGCUUACCGACAAGAGCGAUGUCUUUAGCUUCGGGGUUGUAUUGAUUGAGCUAAUAUCAUCAAAACCAGCUGUUGACAUAACGAGGCACCGGCAUGAGAUCAACUUGUCAAAUAUGGCUAUCAAUAAGAUUCAAAACCGAGCAUUACAUGAGCUAGUGGAUCCAUCUCUUGGGUUUGAAUCAGACAACAAGGUUAGGAAAAUGAUUACUGGAGUGGCUGAGCUGGCAUUCCAGUGCCUGCAAUAUGAGAAAGACAUGAGGCCAGCUAUGGCACAAGUGUUGGAGGCUCUAAUAGGUAUACAAAAUGAGGAUUACAAUAAAGUAAAGGCAGAAGAGAUGGAUAUUUCAGCAGACGAGGUUGGGUUGUUGAAGAGUGGACCAUUGCCUCAUUCCCCCGAUUCUGUGAUGAUAAAGUGGGUUAGCAGCAGCUCUACAGCUAGUAUGAAUAACUGAUUUCACUAAAUUUCUUGGCAAAUAGUAAAGGGAUUGUUUAACUUGUACCGUCAAUCCAUCCUAUAUAUUAAGAAGUUGGUGACUGUAAUUUUCUUUCCAUCUGUGCCUGGACCUUGAAUGGUGAAUGGGAUGUAAAUAUUAUCUAAGAUAAGUGGUGUAUGAAAAGGUCAGCUUUGGCACUUGAAA